AUGGCGGCAGCUAUGGAGCAAUCGGCUGCCUACAGAUCCAAUAGUUGGUGCUGGAAUGGUGCAGAUACUGGCAGCAAGCUGGUGAACCUGUAUACCAAUAGUUCAAUUCCCAAACCUUCUUCCAGCCACAAUGCCUACAAACCUCAGGAUGAGGAGACCAUAGAUGUGCUUCGGGGUUAUGAGUCUUCAGUCCCUAGCCCGUCUAAUAAUUAUUCUACAAACUGGGCUUAUUCUUCCCUUCUCUGUUCACCUUGGUCUGUGUACUCUGAUGAGAUAAAACCAGGGACUGCAGCACAACUAAAUACAAAGUCCAGGAUACAAAGUGAAAAGAAUGAAUAUGGAAGUGAAGCUGACCUUUAUGGACUGGUAUCCAAUAUUCUUGAAGAACAAGACAAAGCUCAGCCCUAUUUUGCUGAUGGGAAAUGCCCUCCCACGUUGAAAUCUUCGUGGACAUUAGGUCUGAAUAGACUGUCUGAUCACCAGGGGCUGCCGUCAGACAUAAAGCAUGCCGAGGAUCUGGCAAUCCUACAGCAGGAUUUUCGUGGUUUGGAAUCUCUGCCCAGUACAGAGACACACAAGGCAAAGGAUUUAUUCCAUGAGCUUCCCGGGGUUGAACAGGAUGAUCGCUGGCCCCAUUUCUGUCUGAUGGAUAAUCCUAGCAGCUACAAUAUAAACCACAGAAAUGGCUUUAAGGAAAGCUCCCUGGCUAAUAACUGCCUGUCACCAGCUUCCAUGGUGCCUGAAACUCCCAAAGACCCCUUCCAGAAUAGAGAGCCAUUGGUUUCCUCAUUAAACAAGUACAGCUUUUACACAGAACCUGAUAGGUACGACAUGCUGAAUAAUAAUAAUAGAACCAAACUCAGUAAAAACCCUGUCCCAGGAUUCCAGGAAGGGAGAAGUUUAGCUAAUGUAACCUCUGAGCUGACAGGUUUGGAUGCUGAAGUCUAUGCUAAACUAAUCCAGGUAAAGCAGAGCUGUCACAAACCUAACAGUUUUAUGGCUGAUCAAAAUUAUGCCUUUUCAAAGGCCACAAACCAUAUAUCAGAUAGAUCAUUCAUGCCGGAAUAUGACCAUAAAUCUGAUUAUGGGAAGAAAACACCGGGGAUAGAGGGUGGUCACUUGCAGAAGUUGACUCAAAGAUAUGAUGUUCAGAGUGCUCAUGUUAUGAAGCCGACCAAUAUUUUGUGUACUGCCAACUCGGACUGGCCUUUAUGGAUGAACAGCCAGCCUCAUAGCAACUCUUAUCCUACUUUACCUGGGAGGCAGGUAAACAGCUUUUCAUCUGCCUCCCAGAAAGGCCCAGUGCUUGGGUCUCAUUAUUCCUCAACAUGCUCUCCUCUUGGGCCUGACAGCAAUUUUCAAAGCCAUCACAGUAAAAGCCCUGCAUAUCCUUCCCUUGAUUAUGGUUAUGGUAGUGACCAAACUAACGACAGGUUUGGCAGUACUAAAGGGGAAUGUGCGCUGCAAGUAGUCUCUGAAAAAAGGUUGGAACUAUUUAAUGGCUUGCAUGAGAAUGUAUUAAAUUGUAGUAAUUCUCAUGAAAACACUGGCAAGAGAAUCUACCAAGAUAAGAGAAUGCAGUACCAUGCAGAGCAGCUACACCCUGAAUACCUAGCUCGUAUCUAUCAAGGGAUUCUUUGCAACAGGCCAAACUGUAAAAACCAAAGACUAGAAAGUGGCGAUAAUAAGGCAAUGAGCAGCAGUAAAGCGACCUAUCCGCUUACUGCGUGUUCUCUCAAUGCAUUGAUGAUGGAUAACAUGGCCAAUAACUUAUCAUCCCUUUCUGCCACUCAUUUCCAAUCAUGUUUGUGUGACAAGACAGAGGCUUCUAACCUUCCCUUAAUGGACAGUUAUACCUAUAAAGAACUGGGCCAGAUGUAUCCUCAGAUCAGUGACCUUCUACAUGGAGAUAACUCAUUGCAGAACAUGGCACCUAUGCUUAGCAGUCAGAAGUCCACAAAGCUUCGAAGCAGGUCAGCAGCUCAACUUCAUCUGCGUUUGGAAGAGUGUUACCAACAAUGCAGAGCUCUGGAACAGGAAAGAAGGAAGACAGAGUGUGUCUUCGUGCAGGCUUACCCAGGGAAGACGCUGCCCAAUGUAAACAACAUUUGCAUUCCAAAACUUCCUGCAAAUCCCUCCAGAGUUGACCGCCUGAUAGUGGAUCAGUUGCAUGAACAAGCUAGAGUGGUGACCCUGGUGGGAAAAAUGGAGCGCUACUGCAGUGCGCCAUUUCACGCCAACAUAUCUACUGUUCUCGAUCUCUACCUGGAAACGAUUCACCUUGUUCAAGCCCGACGCAAGGAGGAGAUGGUGAACACUUCAGGGCGCCAAAAGCAUAAAAGGACUCACCCACAGGAUGACAGAGAUGUCUGUGCCCUUGCCAACUCGAUCAGGGAGCUGACUGUGGCGACUCGGAAAGUGCGCACAGCACUGUGGUGUGCCCUGCAGAUGGUAUUGCCUUUCCACCCCGGAAAAGCCCAUGAUAAAGGCUAA